CUAAUAUUUGUGCUCAUGAAAUUUGCCCUUAGGAUGGAGAAAAUGCAGGACUGUCAUUACCAAUAUCACCAAGAAGUAGUCACCCAGCCCACCCUAGUUCCUCUCACCUGCCAAACUCUGUUGAUGAUCGCUCUCCUGACGAUGGUGAAAUGGAUGACGGCCGAGGAGAAUGGAAGGACAAGAUCAGUUCCCAGUUUGACCGCCUGGUAGCAUUUGCUUCCACAGAACUGGAUAAAAGGAGAAGAAGUACGGAAGGUGCCUCUCCUCGUGCAGGGGAGACAACAGCAAGCUGUAAUACCAGUCCUGACAGCGGUAUAGGCCAUGGUGAACCCUUACCUCCAGCAUUAAGUAAGAUGCCUAGACUCUUUAAAACACCACCAGCAAAGGCAUCACCUGAAAGGGAUUCACCGCCAGUAUUAGAGGCGCCACAUACAGCUGACAGAGCCGGUGUUGCCAGGACUCCGUCACCUUCAUCACCUGUUCCUAAUGCGCCCUUCAGCCCUGCCCCAUUAGACGGUCCAUAUAGCCCAGUAAAUGCAACUUUACCUGGUCAUGGAAAAGACAGACAAGCUUCAUCUAGCGCUACAUCUGUGCCUUUGAAGUAUCAACGAAGUGAGUCCUUAUCAUCUCAACAUUUUAAGAAAAAAUUCUUCCAGCACAGAGAAUCAUGGAAUCCCUCUAGUUCAGCUUCUCCAUCAAAUAAUGGACACAGUUCUACUCAUAACUCUGCAUCCAACAAUUCCAAUGCUUGGCAUCAUAAAGGGAAAUUCCGUCCUAAGGGUAAGGAUUGGGAGUGGCAUGGGGGUAGUAGUAAUGAAGAGCAGUCAUAUCGUGAACGAGAUCCAAGAGACCAGAGGGAUCAGAGAGAUCAGAGACCAGAGAGAGAAAGAGAUCAUAGAGAUCAUAGACGUGAUCAUAGAGACCAUAGAUCCUAUCACCAGAGUUUACCUCGUUAUCGUUCUUGGGACAAUUAUCAUGAAAAUGAUAACCAUCCACAAGGUAAUUUUUAAUAUUGUCAAGGUAGUUCCCAAAAUUGAAAUUUCUUUGAUGUGAUCGUGGUGGCCAAGCCAAGUUCAGUACUCAAGUUUAGCUUGUUAUUUUAUGAAAAUCACAAUGAAUGUGGUUUGCAGUCUGCCUAGCAGUACUCUGCAGCCCAGUUCCUUAUUCAACACUAGCUGCUUAGAGAAAAUCUAUUAUCUAUCUCUGUUUCCUCAUAGAUAAUUUUUUUAGCUAAACUUAGAGCUUAUAUCCAAUGGUAGUCUAAUAUCUGCUCGAGUGUUAUCUGUUGAUAACACCCAGCAGUGAUUGUUAGUGUGUACUCACAUGUAGUGUACUGUUGAUUCAUUUUACAGUAUUUAUCUGUUUCUUACUGUACAUUUCAUGGAGUACACUGAGUUGAAAGGAGCUUUCU